AUGAUUCCUUCGGACGUGCCUGCGGAGACUGAGAUCGUACUUUAUCAAGUCGCAUUCACCUUUGUCUUCUCGCUUAGCAUCUUUAUUAUUCUGCUGGCUGGAUAUAUCAUUUUGAACACUGGAAAAAGUAAGUAGUUUUGCGGAAGCAGCGACUAAAGUGAGGAUUUUUAAAAGGCAUUUGAGGUGCGCCGAUAAAUAGGACUUUCUUUGUAGCAGUCUGGCGGAAAAAUAAUGAGCACUCUGUCGCAAAAUCUGAGCGUCGCACAUGGCGCACUUACUGUAAACUUACACCCCAAUUUCAGACAUCAAAACCUAUCGAUGGUAUCUGCUUGCCCAGCUGAUUGCCAGUGCCAUCUUUGACCUUGUCUACUGGCUGAAGAUGCCGGUUGAGCUCUACUCCGCAAAGUGCAUUUACAGCGUCGGCUUACUCGGCGAGACUCCGUUGACAACGCAAAACGUUCAAUUUGUACUCAUUGUUUUCUUUGGCGAAUGCAAGCUGCUGGUUUUGUAUGCCGCUAUUAUGUAUCGGUAUUACCAUGUAAGUUGCUUUGUGGGGAUCAAGAAUUAGAGGGUGGUUUUGCAACAAUAAAGUCCUACGCUUUUUCGAAAGUGCGUGGCCUUUUUUCGCCAGUCUUGAAUCCGCGACCAUCGCAAACUUGCGGACAACGAUUUUUGCCGGCUGGGGCCGCAUCUGCGGAUAACAGGAGAAAACAUGAUGGUACUUUAGAAACCUAGUCAACAUAUAAGAAAAAAUUGACGCUGUUUAAAGUGUGCUGACAUAUCAAUUUUUGAUUUGAAGCCCUUGUCUAAUUACCAGCCUGUCGGGAAAAUAAUGUGUGUUUGUGGCGUGGAGCAAAAUAUCUCCUGUCGUUACAGUCUUUCAAAGUUCAAUUUAACCGUAUUAUUUAUCCGAGGCUGAUAUUCCAUACAUUCGAAGUAUCCUUCACGGCAUCACCCAUUAUUUUCAAUCAUCGUAUCUCAAAUUUUAGGGGUUACCUCCCGACACCUAUCCACGACUUCGGGUCCUCGUUGAACCCAAGAUCUACAAAUUCGCUCUGUUGUUUUUGGUUGUGCAGCUGCCGGUCGUUGUAAGUUGACAAAAUUGCAUCAUGUGUAAACAAAAGCGUAGCCAUUUUUGCGAUCAGCGUAACGUUUUUUUUUUGUAAAAGCAAACAUUUUUUUUGCAAAGCCCAUCAAUUGUUUCCAGCUCUCCCUUGUUCCGUCGCUGCCGAUGCCAGCGCGACAAGCGGUGCUGAGAAAUCGAUCGCCCUUGCUCCGCGACGUCUACAUUAAACAUCCGUCGUUGCUUUGCUUCGAGGAAACAACUCAAAACACAAAGGAAUUCGACGUUAUGUUCGUAUUCUUGACAGCGUCGUAUACGUUCAUAAUUGUGACGCUCAUCUUCAUGAUGAGCCAUCUGAUCUACUUGACCAAUCAGAACAAAAAUCGACAUAACUCGACGUAUAGAAUACAGGUAACAGAAGAGAGGCCUGCAAUGAGAAACAUAGACAUUAUAAUUUUUUACCUUGCAGUUCAUGCUCUUCAAAUCCAUUCGAAUGCAGUUUUUCUGCAUGAUCGUGGUUACCGUGAUCCCGCUUACCUAUCGAGCGCUAGCAACCUCCUUUGAGUUCCGGCGAGAGGCUACUGUUCUAAUGGCGAUGUGCGUUCUCACCUGCAGUCAUUCGGUGAUUGACUGCGCAUUGAUGAUUCAUUACGUUCGACCGUAUCGGCAGAUGCUGACACAUAUUGUGCUGAAAUGUCUAAAUGGAGAGAUGGUUAGUCCUGGCCUGGUCACUAUUAACAGUAGAACGUCGGGAACUUUUGGGAAAUAA